CAGGACGAACAAAUUGAUUUCUAGUUGGUGGUUUGGUGGACGUUGAUGGAUGACGAAGGCAAGAUGGAGAAUUACGUGAAAAGAGCGGAACCGACAGAGGAAGUGGAGACGGAGUCAGGACAAAAGCGUAAAAGGGAGCGAUCAGUGGUUUGGGACCACUUCAAAAAGAGCAACGACAAAGCGUACGGCAUUUGCAAUUACUGUGGAAAACAUCUUAAGACAGCUGGCAAUACAUCAAACUUGCUGGACCAUCUUAAGCGUUUGCAUCCGAGUCGCAUGACCGCUGAUAAGGAACCAAUGCCUAAAACGAUGGCAAUUUUUUUGAACAAGGAGCCGUUCUAUGGCAGUGACUCAAAUGUAAAAAAAAGGCUGGAUAAAAAAGUGAUGAAUAUGCUUUCUAAAAGCGUGCUUCCGUUUAGUUUCGUUGAUGACGAAGGAUUUGUCGAGCUCAUGCAAGAAGCGGUCCCGCGCUACAAGGUGCCGAGCAGAAUGUAUUUUCGCGAUGUGAUGCUUCCAACGGAAUAUGAACAGCUAAGCCUUAAGUUGCGUGCAGCUUUGGAGACCGUUAAGCAUGUUGGGCUGACAACGGAUCUUUGGACAUCUGCAGCUAACGAAGGCUACAUCACAAUCACUUGUCAUUAUAUAACAGAAAACUUUAAAUUAACGUCUGCACUGCUAUCGACAGCACCAUUGAUUACCCCCACAAAUCAUAACGCCCAAAACAUCGCAGACUCAAUAAGCUCAAUGUUGGCUAAGUGGGGUCUUCUGUCGAAGGUUGUCACCGUUACAACGGACAAUGAUACUACCAUGAAAAAAGCGUGCGAUAUAUUAGCUUUCAAGCAUUUACCCUGUUUGGCACACACAAUAAAUCUGCUUGCUUAGGACAUUUUAAAACUGGCAGCA